AUGAGCCUCUCGGAGAAGAUGGCGACAGAAAAGGUGGAGAUUGCGAAGCACGUUGAAGCUGUCGAGACAGUACAUACAGAUGGUACUGUCGACCUCGUCGACACUCACGCCAUCGGUGGAGAGCUGGAGGAGAUGCCACCAGGCUACUUUCGCAGCGCGCAAUUCAUCGGCACAGUGGUCGCAUGUCUCACCCAUGUGUCAUACACAAUACUGACCAAAGCUAGAUUAUUGAUCAACCAAGACAUCGGUCCUUCACCAAACCUAGGUUGGGUUGGCACAGUAUGGAUCCUCGGGUCGGCCAUUGGCUUCCUACUCGUGGGCCGACUGUCGGAUAUCUUUGGUCGCAAAUGGAUGGUCAUCGGUACUACCCUUCUCAGUAUCGUUGGCAAUAUCGUAGGUAGCACUGCUCAUAGCAUCGAGACCCUCAUCGCUGCCAACGCACUGAAUGGCGUUGCAGCUGCUGGUCAGCUCUCAUUCGGUAUCGUCCUUGGCGAACUUGUACCGAACAAGCAAAGAGGGCCAAUCGUCACGUUGGUGUUCAUGUCAUCUCUCCCGUUCGCCGUAUUCGGACCUAUCAUCGCCCGCAAGUUCAUCGACAGUACAGCUGCAGGCUGGAGGUGGAGCUACUAUCUCGGCAUCGUCUUCGGUGUUAUCACCAUCGUCCUGUACCAAUUUCUAUACCACCCACCGACAUACUCGCAGCUCCACGUCAACGGCAAGACCAAGUGGCAAGCUUUUAAAGAGCUGGACUUUGUUGGUAUCUUCUUGUUUAUUGCUGGUUGCGUUCUAUUCUUGAUCGGCCUGUCAUGGGGAGGGCAGGUGUACCCGUGGACAAGCGCUCAUGUGCUAUGCACCAUCAUCAUUGGCAUACUCACCCUAGUCGCAUUUGGUCUCUAUGAACAAUACCUUUGCAAGACCAUCCCGCUCAUGCCACCACGCCUCUUCACCGACAUUGGUUAUGUAGCCAUCGUUGUUGCCGCAUGCAUCGGUGCCAUGGUUUACUACUCGAUGACGAUUGUUUGGCCCACUCUCAUUGGCACAGUCUAUACCCCAGAUGUGAUCGAGAUCGGCUGGCAAUCUAGCGUAGUAGGUGGCGGCGUCCUCCUCGGCCAGUUGGUUGGUGGCAUUGCCUUGUCAUACCUUCCCAAAGUCAAGUUGCAAUGCAUCAUCCUAGCCGUCCUCACCACAGCCUUUGUUGGCAGUCUCGCAGCACUGGGUCCAGACACACAUACCUUUGUCAUCACGAUGGGUACAUUGGGCUGCUUCGUCAUUGGUUGGAUCGACAACAUCACCUUCCCGGGUGUCACCCUCGUCAUCGCACCUCAAGAUAUUGGCCUCGCAACAGGCGUACUCGGCUCCAUCCGUGCUCUCGGCGGCGCAGUUGCGCAGGCCCUCUACGUCUCCAUCCUCACCAACAAAGCCACGAUUUACAUUCCCAAAUACGUCGUCCCCGCCGCGACUGGCGCCGGGCUACCAGUCUCAUCACUCCCAUCAUUAUUUCAAGGCAUUACACUCGGUAACUUCUCUGCUGUUCCAGAUAUCACGCCUCAAGUCAUCGCCGCGACGGGGAUUGCGCAUAUGGGCAAGUUGGAUGGGCAGGCAAAUGUUGAGGGGGCGGAGAAGGUUUAA